AGGGACACAGCAUCAGCAUCUAUCCUUCAUCAUUGCUGGUUGCGAGACUAUUAUUACUUUAUUCACUCGAGCAGAGAUUUAAACCAAUGGUCACAAAAAAUUAACAAUACAUAAUAAUAAUAGUUAAAUAGACACUUACAAAGUGAAAGCUAAAAAAGAAAAAAAAAAUAUUAGUACCGUACCAAUUGUGAGCGGCUGACUGUCUUGUAUCUCUCUGUCUUGGUCUGGUGUGGUCUGGUUCCCUGCAACUGUGCAAGCCUUACGCCGCCUUCUGCGUCCACUUGGUUUUGGCUUCUUUCUUUCUUUGUUUCACUCUCUCUUGAAAACUUUGUUCGAGCUUAAGGAUUGUGCUUUUGUAAACUUCUAUUUCGAACCCAAUUGCUCAGUUUUAAUGCGAUUGGAUUAGCGUAGUUUGACAUGCUUCGAGGAACUCAGUUUUCCUCAACAAUUUUCUUCUUUAUCUUGAUGCAUUUAUCUGAAUCUCUACCCUGAUUACUGGGUUUGCCUGUAAUUUCAUAUCUGUAGCAUGACUUUUGAGGACCUCUCUUAUUCAGAACCAUGAUCCAUGAUUUUCUGGCUAGUUUUGAUCUAACGAUGAUUGGAAAAGUGGAAAAUAUUGAAUUUUUUAAGUUAAGGAGCUUACUUUAUUUUGUAGGUUUUUGUUUUCUUUAGGAGCCAUUAAAUAUUCGGUUUGACCGAUUUUUUAUCUUUAACUUAAAUUCAAUGUAUACUUUUUUAUUCCAUUACUUACUGAUAAGGACUUCUGCAUUCGAAAGGAAGAUUUUAUUCUUUAAAUUAUAGUUAUUAAAAUACUAGCAGUUUUCUCCCCUUCUUUUCUUCCCAUUUUAUUUUUCUCCUUAAUAGUGUAGUGGGUUCUUUGCUCAGGCUAAUUUGUCUGGAAUCCCUGAUGGUUUCGUUCAUGUAUUUUUCUUUUGGGUUCUUUGAACCAUGCAUUAAGAGUUAGGAAUAGUGAUGCAAAGUACUAGCAAUGGCUAAGUGCUUGAAUUUGGGAUAUUUCUGAGUAAGAAAAACGGUGUUUCAGCCCUUCAUCAUGCCUUUGUCUGAGCUAUAUCGGAAGGCUAGGGGGAAGCGUGAUUCAUCUCAAGAUAAAAACCCUUCAUGUUCUACUGGUCUGUCUUUUGUACCUGAGAAUGACUUUGUUGAACUUGUUUGGGAAAAUGGUCAAAUUUCGAUACAAGGUCAGUCAAGUAGAUCUAGAAAGAUUCCUGCUUGUAACAGCUUGCCAUCUCAUUGUUUACCAUCGCACACUCCUAAGAGCAGAGAUAAAGAUACAGGAAAUGGAGGAACUAAUUCAAAAAUGGGAAAGUUUGUGGCAAUGGAUUCUGUAUUGAGUGAAAUUCCUAUGUCAGUGCCGUCUGGUGAAAUGGGCAUGAAUCAAGAUGAUGAAGUGGUGCCUUGGUUGAACUACCCAGGGGAUCAAUCUUUACAGAAUGAAUGUUCAGAUUUCUUGCCUGAAUUAUCUCGGGUCACUGCAAAUGAGACCCCUACUCAUAGUAACUUUGCAUCAUUUGAUAGAAGAAGCCAAUCCAUUAGAGAUUUCAGUACUGCUUCUAUAAAUGAUGGUGCGGGUUUUGAACAAGGAAAUCUGUCAAAGGUUCCUAGAUUAGCUGAUGGCGAAGCUGGGCCUAGAACUGCUACCGCUCAAUUAUGCAUGCUGCCAUCACAGGUAUGUCAAACGUCUUUAUCAUAUUUUAGAUCAAGAAUUUUGGAGAAUAUUGGUAAUAGCCUUGGUCAUACCUCCACCCACCAUGGCAUUUGCGGAGAUUCUAUGGGAGUUCAAACAUCAGAUGGUGGUUUGCCUGGUAAUAAGAGGCAGAAACAAGAUCCGACGCCACCUUGUAAUAAUACCGUUUUGAUGAAUUUUUCCCAUUUUUCACGUCCUGCUGCUCUUGUUAAAGCUAGUCUUCAGAACAUAGGUGCUAUGGCUAGCAUUGGAAGUAAGGAAAAGGGAUCUGCUGCCAGUAUUUGCAACCCUGCUGAUACCAUGCUCAUUGAUUCAAAUAUUGAGUUACAGGAGGAAAAAUUUUCACGUUGUCAACCUACGAUGGUGCCAGUGAAGACUGAUGUAAUUCAAUCUGAAGCUAAGUCUCUAGAUGAAAUGGUUGCUGCUGAGCCAACUGAUGCCAUCUGUGAAGAAAAUGUCCUCAAGAAUGAUAAAAACCCUAGUCAAGUUAUUGGUGAAAGUGCUUCUAAAGGACUGCUGGGGGGUGAUAACGCUGUAGAGUCUGUGUUUGCUGCUUCCUCUGUUUGCUCUGGAAAUAUUGUAGAGAGAGCUUCUGACAAUCCAGUAAAUAAUUUGAAGAGAAAAAAUCACGAUAAUGAGGAGUCUGAAUGUCCUAGUGAAGAUGCUGAAGAAGAAUCUGUAGGUGUGAAAAAAGCAGUUCCUGCUCGAGGAGGUGUGGGGUCUAAGAGAAGUCGAGCAGCAGAAGUGCAUAAUUUAUCUGAAAGGAGGCGAAGGGAUAGGAUAAAUGAGAAGAUGCGUGCUUUACAGGAGCUCAUACCAAACUGCAAUAAGGUGGACAAAGCUUCUAUGCUUGAUGAGGCAAUUGAAUAUCUUAAAACACUUCAACUACAGGUGCUGUUUAUGUCUAUGGGAGCUGGCUUAUAUAUGCCACCAAUGAUGUUACCAACUGGAAUGCUGCACAUGCAUGGAGCUCAUAUGGCACAUUUUUCACCCAUGGGUGUUGGAAUGGGUUUUGGGAUGCCCUUGCCUGACAUGAAUACUGGAUCUUCUACCUGUCCUAUGGUUCAGGUGCCUCCAAUCUGUGGAACGCCUUUUUCAGACCCAGGCCCACAUAUGUCAGGCCCCACUGCUCUCCAUGGGAUGGCAGGAUCUAACGUCCAUCUAUUUGGGCUUCAUGGUCAAGGAUUUCCCAUGUCAAUGCCACGUGGACCUUUGAUCCCUAUUUCCGGUGGGCAUCUCAUGAAAUCAACCAUGGGUGCCUGUGGACUAGUAGGUCCUAUGGAUAAUAUGUAUUCAGCUAGAGCUACUAGUUCAAAGGAUCCACUUCAGAAUAUCAACUCACAAGCUGUACGGAACACUAACAUGAAUAGCUCAAUGAAUCAGACACCUACUCAGUGCCCAACAACAAAUCAAAGUUUUGAACAGCCAAAUGCAGUUCGAGAGAAUGUUCAAUCCUCAGAAAUCACUGGUAGUGUACCUUUUAGAUCAGCCGAUGGAAAUGAAAAAUUACCUGAUAGGUUAUAAUUCUUAGCUUUGUCGACCGGAGGAGAGGAAUCCAUUUUGCUUCCGGUGGAUGCUGAAGGUUUUGUCUUCCUGAGGAGGUUGAACCUCUCAAUGAAGGACAAUACAGUCACAAUUUGCACCGAUUUUAGUAUGUUGAGGAGACUUGAAAUCUUUUCUUGCAUAUGUACAUUCAUUUAUAUGAUCCAUGCAAAUAAUGCAAUGUCUAUCUAAGAGAUAAAUACCUCAAUAGUAUUUAUUCAAAUGUUUGUUGUAGACUUCUUGGUAACUAAUUCUUUGAACUGACGAAAUGAUAAUUAUUUUCCAUUACA